CUGAAAAAGCGCGGAACAGAGCAUGUAGAUGUGGGAAAGGAGUUUCUUGACCGUGCGCUGGCCAUUCGUUUGAAAAGGCCCGGACCUGAGAAUCUUGAUGUUGCGUUUAGUAACAAUGAUCUGGGUACGGUGUAUGGUGACCUGCAACUGGCAAAAGAGUGUCAUGAUGAUAAUAGUUCACUGAUCUUUCGACUGAAUAAGUUCAAAACUGAACAUCUUGAUGCAGCAACUAACUUCAUUAAUUUGGGUUAUGUGGCGUUCAGUCACAAUAAUCUUGCUACUUUCCAUAGUUCCCUUCGUGACCUGCAGCAGGCGAAAUAGUGUUAUGAAUGUGCACUAACCAUUCGUGUGAAAAAGCUCGGACCUGAAAAUGUUGAUGAAGCUACCACUUCCAAUAAUCUGAGUUUUGUCUAUCAUUCCUUUGGUGACUUUCAGCCGGCUAAAGAAUGUUAAAACGGUGCAUUGGCGGGUCGUCUGAGAAAGCUCGGACCUGAUCAUGUUGAUGUGGCGACAACCUAUAAUGAUUAAGGUCUUGUACAUCGCGACCGGGGUGAUUUGCAGGAAGCAGUAGAGCCGUCAUGAUCGUUAUUUGACCAUUCUAACAGAACAACACGGACAGGAAAAUGUUUAAGUGACAACUACCUAUCAUAACCUGGGUUGAACACACCAAGCGAUCGGUGACCUUGAACAAGGAAAAGAGUGCAAUGAACGAGCACUCAACAUUCGUCUCAAAAGAGAGGGUCCUUCGCAAGUUGAUGUCGCAACUAUCUACAACAAACUAGGUAAUUUUCAUCAUGGUAUGUGUGGACUGCAGCAAGCGAAGGACUGUUACGAUAAGGCUUUGAGCAUU